AUGUCGUUUUCAGAUUUAUAUGCCAAAUAUAAUUGCACUUAUUGUCAAGUGGAAAUAAACGGAGUUCGCGUAAGAUGCUCUGAGUGCAUAGAUUUUGAUAUUUGUUUGCAGUGUUUUUCUCUCGGUGCAGAAAUUGGACCACAUAAAAAUGAUCACUCCUACCAGUUUAUGGAUUCGGGGGCUUUUGGUAUAUUCCUUGGUCGCAAUAGUUGGUCUGCUAAUGAAGAAGUACGACUUUUGGAUGCUAUAGAACAAUUUGGUUUUGGAAAUUGGGAAGAUAUUGCUAAGCACAUUGAGUCAAGAUCCCCUGAAGAAGCAAAGGAUGAAUACAUAACAAGAUACUUAGAAGGCAGUAUUGGUAGAGCUACAUGGGGUAACAUUGAAAGCACCAGCCGACCAUCACUACACUGUGCUGAUAGGGAUGAGGGACCAUUAGGACCUAGUGCCGUUUCUCGUUUGCCACCCCUUGCAGUUACUGCAGAUGAAGCUUUGCAACUUGGUUACAUGUCAAAUAGAGAUGACUUCGAAAGGGAGCAUGACCAUGAAGCGGAACAAUUGAUAUCAACAUUGUCUUUAAAUCCGGAAGAUGAUGAGUUAGAUGUUGCUCUAAAAUUAUCUCAAGUUGACAUUUACACACGGCGAUUAAGAGAAAGGACGAGACGAAAAAGGCUAGUGAGAGACUAUCAACUAGUCUCAAUAUUUUUUAACAAUCAGAGAAAUAAGCAAAGAACACUUGGAAAACUUGCCAAAGAGAAAAAAGAGUUCACGGAGCGGCUUCGCUGGACGGCGCAGUUCUACGGGCGCUCCGAGCAGAGCGGCGUGGUGGCUGGUCUGUGGCGGGAGAGGGAGCUUCGCGUGCGGCUGGCGGAACUGCACCGCUACCGGCUGGCGGGGGUCACCCGGCUAGAGGAGUGCGCCCACUACGAGCAGCACGCCGCCCACCGGAAGCACCCGCACGCCGCCAACCACCACCUAGACGGCAGCAGUGGGUGCCUGGACACCAACCAGACAAAAGAUCAAAUGCAGACCAACAUGCUGCAACAAAGAAAAAAAGACGGCGAAAGCGGCUCAAGUUCCACCAGCCCAAAGUGCAUACGGGACGGAAGUACCGCAUGUGGCUGCUCCAAAAAGAACUCAUGCAGCAACAACAACGGCGUCUGCUCGACGCAGCUUCUCAACAAUAACGAAAUACAGCUAUGCAGCGCUCUGAGCUUAGCGCCAGCUCAGUAUGUGACGCUGAAGGGCGUUCUGCUGCGUCGGCCUCCUUCAGCCGACAGCGACGUGGACGUGGCCGUGCGACAAUACCUCCAAGUCGCUGGCUGGCUGCACAAC